AUGGAUCUUUGGAUAUUUCCAUCUUCACUCCCAAACUUGUCAGAGGCUCUGUAUGAGAGUUUCAUGCUGGGCAAUGAUUCAGAUGACAGCUUAAGGAAUGCCACUGACCACAGCUUCACCAAGACCAGCACAGUGGUCAUCACUUUCAUUUACUUUGUAGUUUGUGCUGUAGGGCUUAGUGGCAAUGUUCUUGUUAUUUAUGUCAUUUUGCGUUAUGCCAAGAUGAAGACAGUCACCAACAUCUACAUCCUCAAUUUGGCUGUGGCUGAUGUGCUUUUCAUGAUGAGUCUGCCCUUCAUUGCCAUCCAGUUAGCCUUGGUUCACUGGCCCUUUGGGGCAGUAUUGUGUCGUGUGGUCAUGACUGUGGAUUCUCUCAAUCAGUUCGCCAGCAUCUUCUGCUUGAUGGUGAUGAGCAUUGAUAGAUAUUUGGCAGUGGUGCAUCCUAUCAAGUCCACCAAGUGGAGGAAGCCUCGAAUGGCCAAGACCAUCAAUCUGGCAGUGUGGGGAGUCUCCUUGCUGGUCAACUUGCCUAUCAUCAUCUACAGCAGCUUGAUCUUCAAGCCAGGUGGUUGUUUCUGCACCAUUGUAUGGCCUGAGCCACAGGAGGCCUAUUACACAGCCUUCAUGUUCUACACUUUCUUCCUGGGCUUCUUUCUGCCUUUAAUGGUCAUUUGCCUGUGCUAUCUACUCAUCAUUAUGAAAGUAAAAUCAUCUGGGAUACGGGUGAGCUCCUCCAAGCGGAAGCGCUCAGAAAGGAAGGUGACACGCAUGGUGUCCAUUGUGGUGGCUGUGUUUGUGUUUUGCUGGCUUCCAUUUUAUGUAUUUAAUGUGACAUCUGUGACUGGCACCAUUAGCACCACACCCAUCUUGAGGAGCACCUUUGCCUUUGUGGUGGUGCUGGGAUAUGCCAAUAGCUGUGCUAAUCCCAUUCUCUAUGCCUUCUUGUCAGAGAAUUUCAAGAAGAGCUUCCAGAAUGUUCUGUGUCUGAAAAAAGUAGGUGGCCUGGAUGAGAUUGAGCGUAGUGACAGUAAGCAAGACAAUACACGGAUGAACCCUAGUGAAACUCAAAGCACACUACUAAAUGGAGACCUACAGACCAGCAUCUGA